UACUAAGAGAAUGUGCAGUGUUCAAUCAUCUUGACUCAUUAAUGGCUGUUUCUGCCUGAAGUCAUGAUAGAAAUAACCAUGUUGUUUGCUCAACAAAUCUUCUUGAUGUUUUCUAUGACUUUGGGUGAAUCACUAAUUCUGAAACAGUAUCCUAUGAGUAUUGAGAAGAAAUCUGGUCAGUCAGCUCAGAUCUACUGUGAACUUCACAAUGGAAAUGCCACUGAAGACAUGAGAUUAGUAUGGUACAGAUACACAAGUAAAUCAAAGAUUGGAGAAAUCAAUUUAAGGACAAAGAACUUCACAGCCAUUAACCGUGUCCUUUUUAAAUGGGACCUUAGCACCUAUAAGGCAUCAAUGUCAAUUACACAGCUGGUGAAAAAUGACUCUGGAGAAUAUGGUUGUGAACUGUUCUCAUUUUCUAGCCCUGAGAUUAUAACGAAAGCCAAUGCAACAAACCUUACUGUUACUGAAGAACAGUGGAUUGGUCCACAGAACAGAAACAACACAGACAAUAACAAGGCAGAAGAAUUCCAGAAUAAGGAAGCUAGAAUUCAAAUAAUUGUUGCAGCAGUAUUAGCUGCAUUUGUCAUCAUCUGCCUGCUAAUUUAUCUUUUAUUCAGAUACCGACCAAAAAAACAAGGUCCUAAUGCCAAUCCUCCUCCAGCAGAUGUCAGUUGCCAGAAAGCAGAAGAUCCAAUUUCUACAGUUUUCUGUCCUGACUAUGCUGCACUAACUGUCCCGGGGCAAAAUAUUCGACAGACUCUAGCUUCUUCAAUUGCCUCUGAUGAUUCAUACUACGCUACCAUUGUAUUUGCACCUCAACAACAAGCUACUGGUGUGCAGAAAACAACUGCUGGUAAUUAAGGGAUAACAAAUUUGGUAGAGUGACAUCUGACUACUUAUCUUUGUUCUGUGAACUCUCAGAUAUCACAUUGAAUUAUCACAUGACCUUUCUUACUACUUCUUCUAUGAAAACAGAAGGCACAAUUUGACCAUCAUGUAUGAAUUGAUCAUGUUCUAACACUGAGGAAGUGAAAUCCUAAUAAAAUCAAUCUGACCUGGAUGACAAUUCAUUGACUAACUCUGGAAGGAUGAGAGAGAGUUUAGGAAGGCAUCACUAGAUUCUGUAGGAACACUUUCAAGUUGAUAUCAUCUAGAGAAGUCCAUUCGCAAGCAAUUAGAAAUAAUGGGCAACUGUUCAGGCUGAUUGGUCUAUUGCCAUUGUACCAUUCCUACUUUGGUUCUGACUGGCCUCUUAAGAUUUGCUCAUGUUAGGUGUGAUCUCACUGAGUUGGUGCUGGACUUUAAUUCUGUGAAUUAAAAACUUUAUCCACUGGCACUACAUAUAUUUGUAGUAUCAAUAAAACUGCAUGGCAUUCUUCUUUAGCACUAUCAAAGUUGCAAAGUAUUCUUCAUGUGACCUGAAGUGAGGAUUUCACAUUAGCCAGUAAUGGAUGCCAUUUAUUUUGAAAGGCUAUAGCAUGAUCAAAUUAGUCAGAUCAUCAUGUUCUGAUUGAUAUAAUUCCCAAGAUGUAAGAUUGUGAUACUGAUUUUGUGUCUUCAUUUUAAACAAAGAUAUCAAUAUAUAGGUACAAGUUUACAAUCAGAAUGUCAAAACUCAACAUUUACAGUCACAAGUGACUAUUACGGAACGUUUGAGUGACUUAACAAUUCAACCAAGUUGAAGCGUUUAAUAGAGUCAGUUGCUGGACUGUAACUCACAAAGCCUGUCUUACAGACAGCAUUAUGUAAAAGGCUAGGGGUUGCAUUUUCAGUUGCCUGAGGAGGAAAGCUUGGACUCCAGUUUAACAUUGCUGACCAUAGUGUUGGUGCAACACCACAACUCCAUUUUCAGAGAAGCUGGAGGCAUGAACAGCUCCUGACACUACUACCUCCCUGCAAGGUCAAAAUAAUGUAAUGAAGGAGAAAAAGUGGAAAAUGUAGUAAACUCUUAAUGGGUCAGACAACAUCUGUGCAGAAGACUGAGUUAGCAUUUCAGGUUGAAAAUGAAGGCUGAAGUAAAACAUUAAAUC